GGCGGCUUGAAGAGGAGGCAGUCGAAGCGCAUAGAGUUCGAGACGCGACCAACUGUAAGAAGGAGUUUUAUUUAUCUUCCGCGUCAUCGGGCGCGCCUUAGAUUUGGACGGUGAGAAGGAAAGGUAUAGUCUGAAUGGACAGACAAGAGAGUCCUUUGGAAGUCAGAGGUAUUUCAAUGAUCUCUGACUUACCUGAUCCAUCAGAGCUUCUAGAAAUCUCUGAGCCUGCAGAACUUAGUCCGUUAACUUCUUCAUUGGAUCACAAUCUCACACUUCACGAAGACAACCUUUCUUCCAACGACAGCAGAAUGGGUAUUGAAAAUACAUGGACCGAAGCGAACACUUCAGCUUCAGAUUAUGCCAUUCCACUGCAUCCACAAAUUUCAGAUCUAGUUACAGAUCCUUUAAAUGAUUCUAGGAAUGGAAUAGAAUAUGGGCCGUUUCUCCCCUCAACCGGAACUGAAUUAAAUAAUCUAUUUUCUGAUACUGGUGAUACUCCUGAUGAUUCCAUCAUUGAAGUAGCUGCACCAGCUGGUGUCUGCGGCCUUCGUAACUUAGGUAACACAUGUUUUAUGGCUGCUGGAUUACAAUGUCUGACCGCUACAUCGCCAGUGUUACGACAUUUUCUCGAGCUACAGCAAAGAGGAGAAAAGUUACCUCCACCUGGCUCAUUAAUGGCAAACUUUAGUUCAUUGCUCAGCAAAAUGUGGUCAGGAAAGUAUAAUGUUCUUCAACCAACCGAGUUCAAGCAGACCCUUGGUUUAUAUCAUUCACAGUUUAAGGAUUAUAGACAGCACGAUUGUCAAGAAUUUUUAGCAUUGUUGCUAGAUUCUUUACACGAACAGAUGAAUGUAGCAAAGUCCAGUAAAAGCUGUCACGUACCCACUGCCACUGUCACUACCAUCAGCACUGUAAAUUCAAAUCAAAAUGGAGAAAGAGAUUCCUGUUUAGGUGCGACAUUUACUGCCACAAGUAAUUCCAGUCUUAUGGAUGGUUUUGAUAAUCCACCAUCACCCGAAGGUCCUAACAGUCCUAACGAUACCAUGCCCGGUUCACCUAGAGAUUCUUAUAUGGACGAUUUGGAUAGUACAGCGAAUUCACCUCACAGUUCCCCAUUGAAUGACGACGAAGAAACUUUAGAUUCGGAAGAAGUGAUAGAUAGGAACUCUAGUUUUAUUCCUAACGGUAUGCAAAAACUUUUAAAUCGCGAAACCCGUCUCGAUAAGUUUAACGACAUUGCCAAAGAUGCGAAAACUAGCAAUGCGAACUUUCUCGUGACUCCGGAGGAAUGUAAUAAUGAGAUUCAUUAUGAUUCUCAGAAGUUUCCAAAGGAAAAUAGCCGUCGAAUAAUUCUUGAAAAUACCAACCUAACGGAAAACCAUGACUCUGAUAAUAAAAGCAUUAAACGAAUAAAAGAAGUUAACUGCCAACGGAGUAAUUGUAGUCCAGAAUGUGGUAUAUCAAGUGGUUCCGAGACUGAAUACGAUAGUGGUCUUGAAAAAUGUAACGUCAAGAGGAUGCGAUUGGAGGAUCAGGAAAAAAAUCACAGAAAAGACAAAUUAGGCUCAGUUGGAUUGCAGUGUUCCAGGUUAUUACAGAAUCAUGAGAAUGGUUCCCUUGCAUCUCAGGAUGAAGUAGAAGCCGAGAAACACUGGGCGAAGCACUUACGAGCGAAUCAAAGUGUUAUCGUUGAUACCUUCCAAGGACAGUUUAAAAGCACGGUUGUAUGUGCAAUUUGUAAACACAUUUCGGUUACUUAUGAGCCAUUUAUGUACCUCUCCGUACCUCUGCCCCAUGCAAUGGAAAGACAAUUCACUGUAACAUACAUUCCUUCGAAUGGUGAACCCUCUAUGAGAUGUGUUGUUUCAUUAAAUAAACAAUCACGUGUUAACAAACUCAAAGAAGAACUGCUGAAAACACUUGGCAAAGAAGACAUACCAAUAGCUAGAAUCGCCAUGGUUAAGGUCUUCAAUAAUCAUAUAGCUAAUACAUUGGAAGACAAUCAGUUACUAAGAAACGUCAUAGAUAUAAAUCGCUCGAUCUAUGCGUUUGAACUGAUGGAUCCUCCAAAGCCUUGGAUUGAGAACGAACCACCGAUUAGUGAUCGUGUGAUUGAUCCAAGCCAAAACAAUGUUAGCGAUCGCUUGAUUGACCCGAGACAUAGCGGCAGCAGCAGUAGCAGCAGCAGCAGCAGCAGCGAUAUGGCUCCUGCAAAUUCUAGUUCGGAGGUUCCUUGCGUUAUUUGUCUCGAGAACAAUGACAUGAAGAAGUACUGCAAGAAAUGCCAUGAAUUUCGCAUAUGCAGUAAUUGUAUCGAGGAUUAUUUGAAGAGCGAGAAGGCGCCCAAUGAAUGUCCACGCUGCGAAAGUGAGCUGAUAAUCGUUUCGUUCAUGAAGAUCGACCAGUCGCAGCGUUUGCGACCCUGCGUGAGGAUACUCAACGUGCCGUUGGUUAUGCGACACGACACGAACGAAGCCACCAACAAUCUCAAGGGCACGAAACUCUUCGGCCAUCCGCACCUCAUUAAGUUGCCGUCGAGCGUCGAUGCCCGAGACAUUUGGGAAACCGUGAAGAGGGUCGCGCCGCAGAAUUCCACCUAUACACUUCAUUUUGUCGUCGGAGAGGGUAAUCGUUGUUCUCGUUGUGAUUACCCAUCUCAUUGUAUGGGCUGCAAGGUGCCAGAAAGUGGUAAAGUGAUUCUAAAAUCUGAUGAUACGUUGGCAGUUCGGUUUGUGGAUAACGUUCCUAAAAUUCCGAAACCCAUCAAUCACAUCAGCGUUAGCAAACAGAGGCCGCAUCAUCCAUUGUCACUGUACGAUUGUUUGCAGGCAUUUAGUCAAAGUGAAACUUUGGAUGAGCAUAAUCCUUGGUACUGUCCAAAAUGUGAAAGAAAUCAAUGUGCUACUAAGACGUUGACUGUUCAUCGAUAUCCUAAGUUCCUUAUAGUCUAUCUAAAAAGAUUCGUUUUCUACGAGUGCGUGAGUAUGAAACUUGACGACAAAGUGACCUUUCCCUUACUUGGAUUGAACUGUGGCAAACACCUUUAUGAUCUUUAUGCCUGUGUCUGUCAUUUUGGUGGAGUAUCUGCUGGACAUUAUACGGCCUAUGCGAAAAAUCCUCAAACGGAUACUUGGCACUACUACAAUGAUGACGUAACGAGCAGACAAAAACCGCAGGAUGAAGAUUAUAGUAAUGCUUAUAUUUUGUUUUACAGUCGGCAAGGUGCUAGUGUAAAACAGUGCAAUAUUUAAAAUUCAACAGACGGAGAAAAGCGGGAGGGAGGGAGGGAGAGAGAGAGAGAGAGAGAGAGAGAGAGAGAGAGAGAGAGUAAUUGAUCACAUCAAAUGACUGAACAAAGAAUAAUUACCGUAGUUAAGACUUUAAAAGAUCUCACGGUAGAUCUUCAACUACGUAAAAUGAAACAAACAAAAACAAAUGAAAAUAUCUUUCAAAUUCGUUGGCUGUGUAUAAGAUAUAGCGAGAUUCGGUAAAUAAUUCGCUCCAUGAUACGUUUUUUUAUUUUGAUAAUAAUAUUAUCAUUCGUCGUAAGUACCGGUAGCCUUCGUAGAAAAUGAUGCAAACUUUUAAUUCUAAUGAUGCAAUAUAUUUUUUAUCUUACUAGAUGAGUUAUAUAUUGGAAAUGUGCAUUUCUUGUAGAUUGUAUAAUUAUUCAACUGAUAUUUCGAAUGAUAAGUUUACCAAAUAUUAGAGUGCAUGUGGAUAUAUAAUUUAAUUUAUAUUUAAAUAUAAUUAUGUUUAAAUAAUAUUGACAAUGAUAAGUUACAACUUCCAUUAAGAAACAUUACA